AUGCAUUUGCCAUCAUCAACUGUUGCCAAAACCAGUGAUGAUGAGCCAUUCGCCUUCAAGAAGAUGCAUGAAUUCUCAACAGUGGACGGCUUUGUAGAGAUAACUGAAAGCUUGGCAGAUAUGAUACAAUACGUGGCAAAUGAACCCUCUGUGGGGCUUUUCUAUGUUCAGCAGCACGCUCAAAAUGCUGUGCCCAACCUUAUCAAUCUCAAGAAUAAUGUUGCAGAGAAGUCUCGUGAGAUGACUCUCCAUACAGAAGAUUUAGAGGAUUCUAUCACCAUGGUGAGUUCAAUGAGAGAUUGUGGCUUCCCCAUUGCUGAUGAGAUGAUUAGAGACAUAAGAAAAUCACUAGCUGUCAUGGCAACAAAGCAACCAAAGAGAGGGUUAAUACAUACCCCAAGGUUGGGUUUUCAAAUGGGAAGAACUAGCUCUUGGAGUCCAGCUACUUGGGGUCGGAACACAGUUUCUCCGCAGCAGGAUGGUAAAACGACUAGUAGUUAUUUGUCAACAGUCUUAAAGUCAGCAAAACAAAGAGCCAGCAAUUUCAAGUGGCCUCAACUUGAUCCCAAAGAAUCAAGACAAGCCAAGGGGGAUACGCUUAUGUCCUAUCCUAACCCACCACUAUAUGUUGCAGCUGCAAGCACCUCUUCAACUAUUCCAGACACCGAAGCUGACGAAUUGCCACUAUCGAGUCAAAUUGCUGAUGAGACACAAGAAGAAUCAUCAAAAGAUGAUGGAAGCUUAUCAAAUCAUCAGUUAGUCUCUCUGUCAGAAGACUAUGAUGAAUUCCGGGCUGAUAGAGAAGCAAAACUGGAGGACUGGUUGGGAGGGAUGAGCAGUCUGGAUGGUCUUGCAGGAAAACCUGAUGCAUAA